AUGACACAUGCUUCCUGCCACGUUUCGGGGAAGGAUCUAGACCCAGAGGGCGACCCAAAAUCAGGUGGACAGAUGUGGUCAGACAAGAUCUACGUUCCUGCAACGUUACCGAAGAUGACGCGUCGUAUAGAGCGAAGUGGACGUGCGCCGAUUGUUCGUGCAAGUCUUAUUUCACAUUUAUCUUUAAAGGAUGGCCCCGAAAAAGGGAAAUCUACAUUCUUCAAUGUUCUCACAAAAAGUCAAGCUGCUGCUGAAAAUUUUCCAUUCUGCACUAUUGAUCCCAAUGAAAAUAAGGUACCAGUCCCGGACGAGAGGUUUGACUAUUUGUGCGAUUAUCACAAACCAGUUAGUAAAGUCCCUGCUUUUCUGAACGUAGUGGAUAUCGCUGGGCUGGUGCGCGGCGCCGCUGAGGGGCAGGGCCUCGGCAACGCUUUCUUGUCUCACAUAAAAGCCUGCGAUGCUAUAUUUAAUCUAUGCCGGGCAUUCGAGGACGAGGAUGUCAUCCACGUGGACGGUGAGGUGAACCCAGUACGUGACCUGGAGACCAUUGGCGAGGAGUUGCGGCUCAAGGAUGAGGAACAGCUUAUGCAGAACAUUGAGAAGCUGGAGCGUGUCGUGAAUCGCGGCGGCGAUAAAAAACUGAAGCCCGAAUAUGACUCCCUUCUGAAGAUCAAGUCUAUUUUAGUAGACGAGAAGAAACACAUUCGUUUCGGAGAUUGGAGUGCAGCAGAUAUAGAAGUCCUCAAUAGGUUACCAAAAUUGAAGGAGUGGAUUGACAAAAAUGAUCCAGGAGCACCCCUGAUUCCAUUCUCUGGGGUUCUGGAGAGCAAAUUGAUGGAUAUGGACGCGACAGAGAAGCAAAUAUUCCUGAAGGAACAUAAUGUCACCAGUGCAUUAGAUAAAAUCAUUGUUCAGGGAUACAAAGCCUUACAAUUAGAGUACUUCUUUACCGCCGGCCCUGACGAAGUUAAAGCUUGGACAAUACAGAAAGGCACUAAGGCGCCACAAGCUGCCGGCAGGAUACACACUGACUUUGAGAAGGGUUUCAUUAUGGCUGAAGUGAUGCACUUUAAGGACUUCAAGGAGGAGGGCACAGAAGCUGCGUGCAAAGCUGCAGGAAAAUACCGACAACAAGGUCGAAAUUACGUUGUGGAGGAUGGGGACAUCAUAUUCUUCAAGUUCAACGCGGGCGCUGGGCUGAAGGACGCCAAGAAGAAA